AUGGAUGCUGCUAGUCCGUCACCAGCAGUCAGCGUCCACGACACUGGCAUCACAGUGCUUAAUAAUCCAGAUUCAGCAGAUACGGACAUUGUUUUCAUCCAUGGUAUCCAAGGCAACCCAAAACGAACUUGGACAUCGAAACGGCCUUCAAGCACGUUCUGGCCUCUCGAUUUAUUGCCGACCGAUUGCCCAAAUGCGCGCAUCAUGACAUUUGGCUACGACUCUGUCGUAACACGAGGGCUGAGGGCGGUCAAUCAAAAUGACAUCUUUGCUCAUGCUCAAAAUCUCCGCCGUGAACUUUGUCGGAAGAGACGAGACUUUACUAAAAGACCCAUAAUCUUCGUCGCGCAUUCUCUAGGAGGUAUCCUGGUCGAAGAGGUUCUCCGGGCGGCUAGCAAAGGGUCAGUUCCCCAAGAAGAGAAAGAUAUCUAUCUUUCAACCUUUGCUACGAUAUUCCUUGGAACGCCAUUCAGAGGAAGUAAUGCUGCUGAAUGGGCGCUUAUUGCAGAUGCUUUUGUAAAGAUGAUCGGCGUUGGAACAAAUAACAAGGUUCUGAAGGAGCUCAAGCUCGACAGCGGUGUCCUAAACAUCCUACGAAGUGAGUUCAGGGAAUGCGUCAAGCAAAGAGCCAUCAUUGUGCGCAUCUUCCAAGAGUCCAAAGGGUUGUCGGGCAUCAGAACCCUCAGUGAACAGAUUGUUCUGGAGAGCUCUUCACGACUUGACGAUGAUACUGUCUGCCAGUCCCUAAACUACAAUCACAUGGACAUGUGCAGGUACGCAACUCGAGAUGAUGAAGGUUAUCGGGUCGUCGGAGACGAGAUAGCGUACUGGGCUGGAAAGGCUUCCGAAUUCCAUGGUAAUUACAACGGAGUCAAUGUAACCAACUUCCAAAAUUUAAUUGGAGUACCACUCUCCCUUUCAACGAAGUCAAUAAUGACUUCUCAGAGGUUAUUUGAUUCAUCUGAGGACAGUCUCCGGGCUUUUCUCAGCCCAGCCUCAGUUGGCGAUGAUCUCGAUGACCUUUUAGAUCGUCGCGAGCGUCACACUGGGCUCUGGAUCUUUGAGACGCAAGCGGUUCAAGACUGGUUCUCAGGCGCUGCCGGCAACAUCUGGCUAACGGGGAAAGCCGGCUCUGGAAAGUCCACCCUUAUAGCAACAAUUAUUGAGCGACUGCAAACGGAUGGCCAUAUGGUAGCAUACUUUUUUUGCCGCUUCCAGGAUAACACGAAGAGGAGUUUGUCCUCAAUCUUGGGUACUUGGAUAUGGCAGGUCUUGGAGCAGCAUCCCCAGUUCACCGACAUUGUGUUGCGACAUGGACCAAGGGGAUCAGCUAUUCGCGGCCAAGAGUCAAAGAUUAAGACUGUUCUGGAAAGACUGCUCACAGCUGCCCCCAGGCGUAUUUUUCUCGUUUUGGAUGGACUUGACGAGUGUGAGUCCGCCAAGGAAGUUUCCAAAAAGCUCGAACAUUUCAUAUCUGCCGUUGGGAAUAGCCACAGCUUUCUCAUUGCCAGUAGAAAUGAAGAAUGGGUUGCCGCACAAGGCUCCUACAUGUACAGUAGUAUAGUAACCAAGCCAGAACUGUUCAGGCUUGUGCCUUUGGCGGUCUCUGACACUGCGUCCGAUAUUGAACGUUACCUGAAGACUCGCAUCCGGUCGCUGCAUCUCUCGUCAAAUUUAGAGAGGACCGCUCUGAAAAAGCUCACUCAACGAGUGAACGGCAUGUUUCUCUGGGCCGAGUUCCAAAUCAACGCACUUGCGGAGCAGUUAUUGCAGGAAGAUGCCCACAUGGUGUUGGAGAAAGAUCUUCCUGAUGGCCUCGACGCUACGUACGAUCGCAUGCUGCAGACAAUUUUAGCAGGCAGCAACGCUCCCAGACGUUUCACAACGCUACGGAUCCUGCAAUGGAUAACAGCUUCGACCCGUGCUCUCACAUUCGAGGAACUCGAUUUCGCCAUGGGUAUAAAGGCUGAUGAAAAUUAUUCCCCCAAAGGCCAAACAUUCAUGCGUGGCGCCCAAGAUGUUACUCUAGCUUGUGGAUCAUUCGUCGACAUCAGCAGAAGGAAGGAAAUACGUCUCGUUCAUGCAUCUGCCAAGGAAUUCCUCAUUUCCAAAGGAGUUCAUCUCGGAUUGGGCAUCUCUCAGCCAGGCAGCCGUACAGAGGCAGCACUGAACGCCAUGCACAUAGCCAGAGCCUGUUUGACGUGUCUCUCGUUCUCUGAUAUUACAUAUGUUGGCGGUACUAUAUCAAACGAGUCGCUGAGUCUUCUCAUACACAGUCAUGUCUUGAAGCAUCCAUUUUUAGAGUAUGCUGCUCUAAAUUGGUGGAAACAUCUGACCGAUAUGCCACAGCUUGAGCAAGACACUCUAUCUCAUACCAUUAGACGAUUCCUAGGAUCCUCUGAGCACGUCGUUAAGUGGCUUCAACUUUAUCAAUACUUCGCACAAAGUCCAAAACGGGGACAGCACUUUCAUCCCAGGCGUAGCCUAUGCUGGCAAUACAUCUCGAACGCCUGGGAAACGACACUUGGCUUCAACCCAGCCGGCCUGUUCGACCGCUGGGAGCGCUGGCUGAUUGAGAUCUGGUACGCUCCUGGUGUCUACUGGCCUGUUGCGCAUAUCGCCGCAUUCUUCGAUUUCCAACAGGUCCUACAGAAUGAACUAUCUAUCGGGACUUCCGUCGAUUUCCGCGACAGGUUAGGUUUCACUCCUCUCCUUCAAGCCGCUCACGGCGACAGCAAGAAUGCUGCGCUGACACUGCUGCGCUACGGAGCCGAUGUCAAUUGUCGUACCCAAUACGGCUACAGCGCCAUCCGGUAUGCAUGCCGUAACGGUAUGGAUGUACUUCCGAUUCUUUUGGAAAGAGGUGCGCGCCUUGACUUCGUGGACGGCGAUUCAGGCAAAACCGCAUUGCAUGAAGUUUGCUCAUCAGUGCUUUGGCAUCCGCUCAUAUUCAAAUUCAUUAUCGAGACACCGACUGCCAAGGAGAUUAUAAAUUCAAAGUCGGUGGUAGCGGGUGAGACACCAUUGCAUCUUGCCGCCGCCAUAGCCGUUGAAUCUUCAGCGACGCUAUUUAGGGAGCGCUAUAGAAGGGCACAAGAUCCUAGACAUCUCCCAUCAGAUGCUAAAUUGGGAAUGCCUACAUGCGAAUUGUUUUCAGCACAGGGCUUCAGGGCAUUGCAGGUGCUCCGGGAUGCAUGGGCAGAUCUCGGAAUACAAGUUCCUUUUAGGAACUCUGUCGACUGCUUCUUGAAAAUGAUAACCGCCUGGAAGGGUCGGCUCAUUCAAGAUCUACUACGCUCUGGCGCAGACGCCGGCCUUGCGGACCGCAGCGAACAACUUCCUUUACACCGCGCCGUGUCGUCAAUGGAGCCUUCUGAGGAUGCCUCUGCCGCCUCGCGCCCAGAAUCGAUGCCGGUUACCGCUCUUAUACGGAGUACUCAGGAACUUGACCACGUCUCAAACGUUGGCGGAACGCCAUUGCAGAUCACAAUGAACAAAGAACUACAUACUACAACUCUACUCUUAAUACAUCACGGUGCGGGGUGCAAAACUUUCACUGCGGCCGAGCUACGAACAAUAGAAACCAACGUUGCUAAGACUAAUUCUUUAGCCCCGAGGAAAUCGGGUUCUUGGUCCCAACGGGAGAGUCAUUCCACUAUGGAGGUUCUCAACACCAUAUCAGUGCUCCGUCUGCUCCAACCCACACUCCCAGACUGUGUGCUUUCAAUCAUUCUCGAUCAUGCAGAACUUUGGACAGAGACAGUGUACCGCAACGAGUUUAAAGGGUAUAAUUACGCAGACCACUCUAAAUUACCCGCGAACACAACUCUCGUGAGCCAAGAAAUUACGGGUGCAGACCCAAACCCGGUUCGACAGCUUAUUGUGCAAGCUCAAACACAGGACUACAAUAAUGAAUUCAAACAUAGCAUUCGCCAAAGUUUUGCUAGUUUUGCUACACAAUUUGGUUCAAUGUAUUACCAGCCGCGGAGCAGCCGGUUCUUUUCGAGCCAACGCAACGCUAAAGUUAAUGAACCAGACCUAGGGAUGCUUCAGGUUGCUGUUAUUAGGAAAUGGGAGCCCAACGUGCUGGAGUACGGCCCAGACCUUUCGUCGGCCCUUACAUCCACAUUAAUUUGGAGUACAAGUCCGUCUGGAGGUGCCAGUGAAGAAGUCAGACGUUGGGUAAAGGCACUUAAGACUGGAGAUCGAGUUGUAAUUGCUCUUCAUUCGGAUGCAGCUUCUCUUGACAUUAGCCUCAUUAAAGAGCUACGGCUUACAGUCCGCACCUCAUGGCUUUCCGAUGUGAAACCAGAGUAUGAUAUUACAAGGGCAGGAACGAGGUUAUAG